AUGAUCUACAACGACGGCAACCUCGGCAACCCCAGCAACCUCGCAACGCCGGCACUAUGGCCGUUCCCUCAAACUUACAUCGAUGGCCACGAUCCUUCUUUCUACAAACUUCUAAAACCUGGCACAAUCUGCAUGGCCCUCAAUUACAUUGUCUCCGCCAAGAAGGCGUCUGUCGUGACGGAUGCCGUUGUGGGCAAUUUUACAGGUGACGAAGACAUGAACUUGAUCCUUGCCAAGGUGAACCGACUGGAAAUCGUUAAAGUAGCAUCUGAUGGGUUGAAAGUAGUGCAAGAAGUUCCAGUGUUUGGAAGGAUUGAGACCAUAAAGUUGUUCAGGCCGAAAAACGAGAAUCGCGACAGUCUUCUUAUUCUUACGGCCAAAAAUCAUCUGGCUAUCGUGGCCUGGGAUGUUGAGAAGAAUGAGUUGAUAACAAGAGCUGCUGGCAGUGUUUGCGAUCGUGUCGGUAGACCCAGCGAUUAUGGUCCUAUUGCGUGUGUAAAUAAGUCAGGGUUGAUCGCUUUGCGAAUUUAUGAUGGAACGCUAAAAAUCAUACAGUGGGAGGAUAAUAAAGACUUGAAGUCAUUCAACGUGCGAUUUGAAGACCUUGCGAUUGUGGAUUUGAGUUUUAUCGAAACACAAGGAGACUCAAUAAGACUUGCGUACAUCUCACAAGAUUCAAAUGGACGACAUCUGAAAACAGUUGAAUUGUCGCUAGCAGAUAAGGAGCUCAAAACGAUUUCUAAACAGGACAAUAUCGAAACGGAGGCUAGAAUGGUUAUUCCAGUACCUCUGCCAUGUGGUGGUGUGGUAGUAGUAGGACAAGAAACGAUUCUCUAUAAUGGGGAGGAUAAUGUAUAUCUAACUAUAUCUCCAAAUACUAUGAAUAAAGCGCUGUUCACUUGCUACGCAUCUGUGGAUACCAACGGACAGCGGUUUCUUUUGGCUGAUGAUCAUGGUGUUUUAUAUAUGCUCGUCCUUGAUGUCGACGUUAAGAGCCCUAAUCCAAGUGUGAAAGAUCUGAAGAUAGAAUCUCUGGGUGAAACUACUAUUGCCGAAAGUUUGGUCUAUCUGGAUAACGGCGUAUUGUUUGUUGGUUCGCGGUUUGGUGAUUCUCAACUUGUUCGCUUAACCUCACAGCCGAACGCGGAGAAUAACUCUUUUGUACAAAUAUUGCAAACAUUCACAAACCUUGCCCCCAUUCGAGAUAUUGCUGUCAUGGAAUGUGAUGGUCAGAAUCAAAUUAUUACUUGCUCUGGAGCCUUCAAGGAGGGAUCUCUACGUAUCAUUCGUAAUGGCAUCGGUAUAGACGAAGCUGCUUCCGUGGAUAUUCCUGGUGUCAAGGGAAUUUUUACUCUGAAAAUCGGUUCGAAGUUGGACAAUUAUCUGAUUAUCUCCCUAAACUCUGAAACGCAUAUUCUCGCUAUGAACGGUGAAGAGUUGGAAGAUACCCAAUUGCUGGAUCUUGAAACUGACGAACACACGCUAUGGGCUGGAAUGUUGGGAGAGUCUCAGAUCGUUCUGCAAGUUACUUCUACUUGUGUUCUGUUAGCGCGUGAGGGAACUAAAAAAGUCAUAUGGAAGCCUUCACACAGUUCUUUGAUAAAUCUGGUUUCUGUAAAUCAAGGAAGUGGCCAGGUGGUCGUGGCUUGCGGAACUCGUGUUUAUUACCUCCAGUGUGGUGAUAUGACAAUCACAGAGGUGGCAAACGUCACACUCCAAGAUGAAGUUGCAUGUAUAGAUAUCGGAACCAUAGAAGAAUCAACCGAAUCUACCUUGAUCGCUGUUGGAUUCUGGAAACACCACAGAAUUGCAUUAUACACGCUUCCGAACAUAGAGGAAAUUACAUGUGAGAAUAUGCCCGGUGACAUGCUCCCGCGCUCAAUAAUGAUGACGAAGUUGGAGAAUACUAUAUAUUUGAUGGUAGCGCUCGGAGAUGGGACGCUAUAUUACUACCACGUAGAUCGCGAGAAUGGGGCUCUUCUUGAAAUGAAGAAGGCCACUGUUGGAACACAGCCGCCCAGCCUAAAUCGUUUUUAUUCACGUGGACAAAUGCAUAUAUUUGUGUGUAGUGAUCGACCUGCAGUUAUCUUCUCCUCUAAUGGAAAAUUGGUCUUUUCAAAUGUGAACCUUCGAAUAGUCACGCAUGUUUGUGCGUUGAAUUCCUCGUCUUAUCGGAACAGCUUAGUGAUGUCGGAUGGGGAAACUAUCGUAAUCGGAACGGUAGAUGAGAUACAAAAACUUCAUAUUCGUACCGUAUCUUUGGGAGAGUCAGUCCGACGGGUUGUUCAUCAGCCUGAAACAUCUACUAUGGGUAUUCUUGUCAGUCGACCUGCAGACUCGGAUCGCUAUUCUGUUUCUAAAAUGGCUACAGCAAAAUCCUCCAGCAAGACAACUGCAGGGCAAAGACCCAGUGUAUCUAUAGAUUCGACGGAUGGCGAUGUUCAUUCAAUUGUGACUCUCGAUGAUAAUACCUUCGAAUAUCUUCAUUGCCAUGAACUCGGACCGUGCGAACAGGCAUUGAGCAUAAUCUCUACAAAACUUGGUGAUGAUCCUACUACCUAUUACAUUGUUGGUACUGCUCUAGUCUACAGCGAUGAAACGGAGUCCAAAAGCGGUCGUCUACUAGUAUUUGAAUCUGGUAAAGGAUCCGAACGAACCCACUUGCGGUUAGUGCAUGAAAAGGAAAUACGUGGCGCACCAUUCAGUAUGGAUGUCCUCAAUGGCAAGCUCAUCGUAGCCAUAAAUAGCUCAGUUCGAUUGUUCGAGUGGACCUCAGAAAAGGAACUGCGUUUGGAAUGUUCGCAUUUUAAUUAUAUCACAGCGCUGUUCAUCAAAGUCAAGGGUGACCAAGUUCUAGUAGGCGAUCUUAUGCGAUCCAUGACAAUUCUGAACUACAAAGCCGUUGAAAGCACGUUCGAAGAAGUAGCUAAGGACUUCCGCGGUAUGUGGAUGUCUGCGGUUGAGUUUAUCGAUGCAGAGACGGCUCUUGGAGCCGAAGCCGCGCACAAUCUCUUCACUUGUGAAAUUGAUAGGGGAGCUGACAAUGCUGAUGAGAAACGAAGAUUAGCUGAAGCUGGAAUGUUCUACCUGGGUGAAAUGGUGAAUGUUUUCCGGAGAGGUUCACUUGUCUCCAGCCAUGUGGACAACCCUCUACCGAUUACAAAACCGAUUCUUUUUGGUACCAUUGAUGGUACAAUUGGCCUUAUAGUACAGCUGCCAGAGAAAUAUUUCAAAUUCUUCUCGGAGGUCGAAAAAGGCGUGGCUAGAGAGACCGAUAAUUGUAUGAGGAUUGAUCAUGCUGUUUACCGACAGUUUACGAGCGAAAAAAUUGUUGACAAGGCUGUGGGAUUCGUGGAUGGAGAUUUAGUCGAGUCUUUGCUUGAUAUGCCUCAUGAAACAGCAGCUGCGGCAUUGGCGGGCAUUCAGCGACCGGACAGCACGGAAGAAAACUCGUCGUCGCCGGAGGAACUGAUGAAAAUCAUAGAGGAUAUGUCACGGAUUCACUAGACUCGCGCGACAGCGUUGCCACUGUAGUCAUCGCUAUCCCCAUCUGCUGUCGUGAUACUUCCGGUGAAAUCCUGAUGAUGUAGAUUGGACGUGUUAUCAAAUUGUCGAAACGUGUGCAAAUAUGAUCUUUUCUUGUUGAUUGUUCACUGUUAAGCGUUUACCAGCCACAUAAGGUGAUACACCAAUAAAAUUCAAGCUAUUUUUGUUGUGCCCUACAUCUUCCCUACUCAUCUUGACUCGGUUAUGC